UAUGCCUCCUAAAGCUCCACCUCCUAAAAAAUUGACAAAAAAGGAAUUAAAGGAAAAAGCUGAACAAGAAAAGAAAGAAAGAGAAGAGUAAGAAAGAAUAAGAAAAGAAGCUGAAGAAAAAUAAAGGCAAGAAGAGGAACGGUUACGAAAAUUAGAAGAAGAAAGAUUGGCUGCUGAAGAAAAGGCAAGACUUUAAGAAGAAGAGAUAGAGAAUGAAGUUUAAAGAAGUGUUUUCAAAGAAAAUCUAGAUAAUGCAAAGAAAGUACUUUAUUAAUAUAUAUUCUAAAAUUUUAGGUAGCUAGAGCAAAUGAUGAUUGGGAUAAAUUUUUGAUAUGUUCAAUAAAACCUGAUAUAACCUAUGAAGCUCAAUUGACAACAUUUAUAACAAUGCUUAGAGAACAAAAGGUUGUUAAUGAAUUAAAAGUUUCAGAAGAACUUCAAAAAUUAUAAUAAGCAGAGAAUAUUGAAAGAGAUAUUCAUAGAUUUUUAACUUAAUUAAAAGCUGAAAGGAAAUUAUAAUAAAACCAUUAAUAAUUAUAAUAAUAACAACAAUAAUAAAUCAUUUAAAAUGACACUGUGGCUAGAAAUAAAAUAUAUAUAACAUAGAUUAGAGAGAUAAUUAUUAAGAAACUUGAAGAGAUUAAUACUUAAAUGGUAUUAAAUGCUGAACUAUUUAUUGAUGUAAAAUAAAAUAUAAUUAAACAUAGGAAAAAUUUGCAGAAUUAACUAAAAAGGCAAAUGAAGGAGCAAAGGGAACAUUUAAAUUAGAUGAUAAAACUAAAUAAGAGGUUAUUAAGACUUUUCCACCUACUGAAGAUUUUAAAUAUGGUAUAUUCAUUUAUCCAUCAAAUAAACCAUCUGGUUAUAGACAUAAACCAAAUGAAUACCCAGAAUUAUAAUUAGCAGUUGAUGUACCAAGAAAUAUUUCUAUAUUCCUUCAAAAAAUAUUAUGGACUUCUUUUGAUAAUUAUUCUCCUGAUGUUUAUAGCAAAUAUAGAAUUGUUGGUGGUGUUUUAGAUAUAGAAUAUUUAUAAAUGCUUCCCCCACCUAAAAAAGUAAAUGCAUGGACAUUAAAGUAAAAUUAUGAAUUGAAGGAAACUGUCAAAAGAUUAGCCUUUGAAUUAAGUGCAACAUUUAAAGUAAAUAAAUAAUAAAUUUGAGGUUUCUUAUUAACUUCCUUCUUAUAUUUGGAUACCAAAUAAGGAAAAUUAAAAAGUAUGGAGAGUAGCAUUUUUUGAUCGUAUUAGUGAAUAAUGGAUCACAGAUGGAGUUGAAGAUGCUAAAUUAGAUAAAGGAAUUAAUAUUAUUGCAAGUGUUCCUAAAUUAGGUCCUGUUGGAUUAUUAUAAGAAAGAUGUUUGGAUUAUCCAUAUAAGAGUUUUAAAUUAAGAUGUGUUGGCAAUGAAAAAGCAAUUUUAGAUAUUUAAGGAGUAAGAGAUUUAUUUAAAUUUGAAAUUGGUCCAGGAUAUAUACAAUUAUUGAAGAAAGAUCCAGUAUAAUUAUAAAUUAUAUUUUAGGAAUUCUAACACUUUGCAUACAAAAAGCUAUAGGUUGGUGCAUUAUUUUAUGAAUUAUUCAGAAGUGGUGUUAAUUUUAUUCCUGUGAAUGAAGAUGCUUAAUCUGCUAAUAUUGUUUAAAAAGAUGAAGCUGCAGAAGAAUUAGCUUUAAAUGAUUUAUCUGAAGCAGUUAGAGGAUUCUAUAUUGAAUCAAGCAGAUGGAACAAUAGUGAUACAGGUCCAUAAAUAGUAGUGAAACUUAAAGAGAAUCCAGAAUUUGAUGAGGUUUAUAUAUUUUUAUUUAUUUUAGGAAUUUGCAGAGAAUUAAGAAAAAGAUUGGAAAACAAUAAAGUGGUGGAAUAAUAAAUGUGCUAUCAUUUAAGCUAAAGAUUCUCAUUAAAAAUGUAAUUAGACAUUUUUACCUGAUACUGAAACACAUUGCAAUUUAGAAGUGUUAUUGAAAAUGCAUUCAUUAACUACUCAAGAGACUUUAGCAAAAAUGAAAGUAAUAAUAUUAUAUUGAAUUUUAGGAUUUACAUUAUGUUAUUUUUAUUGAAACCAUAUAAUAGGUAUUAAGAAUAACAAAAUUGUUAUCAUUUACAGUUAGAGAUUGA